UCCGACGAGGGACCUUACCUGAUGGAUUUCGCCGACCCACAGUUGCUUGGUCAUUAUAAGGAGCACCUCACGCAGGUCGCUCAUUAGUUUCGCACAUACAUAUGGCAUCAAGAGCUUUGCCCGAGUGCUGGGGCCACCGCGGCGCUUCUGUGGCCUAUCCUGAAAAUACCCUCGCGAGUUUUGAGAAGGCGUUACGAGAUGGUGCUGAAGGUGUUGAGAGUGAUAUUCACGUAUCUCUAGACGAUGUUGUUCUGAUGUUCCACGAUCCAUUUCUGAAUCGGACAACGAACGGCAAAGGUUUCAUCAAGGGCCAGCGUUGGUACGGCCCCGACGGCAUGCAGCACCUGCGCACACUGAAGGAGCCCAAGCAGCCCAUCCCCACCUUCGCAGAGACAAUAGCCCUAUUCAUGCAGCCAGAGAACCGUCAUGCGAAGCUGCACGUCGACAUCAAGGCCUCCAAUGACCCCGAGAGGCUCUUCGAGCUCAUGCAUAAGACGAUCUCCUCCAUCCCGGAUUGGGAGACCGCGCUCGCGCCGCGCUUGUGGCUCGGCGUGUGGCACCCCAAGUUCAUCCCGCAUGCCACGCGCCUCUUGCCAUACUGCACGCUCGUGCACAUCGGGUUCAACUUGCACGUUUCGCGGACGUGCUUUUGGGAGAGCUGCGAUGUGUUCUCGGUGUACUUUGGCAUGCUCGCGUCCCGCGAUGGGCUCAGGUUCAGAGAGGAAUGCAAGAGGGCAGGAAAGAAGCUUAUCGUGUGGACGCUGAACCGGCCGGAAGAGAUGAUCGAGGCUGUCCGAUGGGACGUUGAUGUCCUCCUCACUGACGUGCCGCAUCUCUGGCACGAGUUGCACACCUCUCUAGACGCGGACUUCAACAAGACCGUCUCUCGGUAUAAUCGGACAUUCCUAUGGACGACAUGGCGCUACUAUGCUCCUGUCGUAUACUUCUGGGCGGCACUCGCAUACCUCUACCUCCAGUAUGUUGUUGGGCCGCUGCAGGGCAAGCCGCGCGGUAUUGCCGCAAGGACAAAUUAAGGUAGCGGAUAAGUUAUUUCUAUAUUGCUAGAUGCCAUAGAUGCGGUCACCGGCUCUGGGAUAUCUGUGUCGUCCAAUAA